GAGAGUGAGAGAAGGGAGGGGGGUAAAGAGGGAGCUUGUUUCAGUUUGCAGUAAUCGCUCAUCCAGGAGCCUGUUCCACUCAGGGAUAUUUGGAUUUUUCAGUCUGGAUGCUGUAGCUCGGGGCUGGACUCUCUCUUUCUCUCUUCCUGACUUCCUCGUGCGUCUAGCAGCGGCUCUGUGUGAGGACGCUGCAUGUCUGGCACGCAGACAUGGGCCCCUCGUUAUGCUCUAGGAUUACUGUGUGCCUGGUUGUCACCUUGGCUCAGGUGAUCGCUGUGACCUGCCAAGAAGAUACCAAGAAAGAUACCUGCACAGAAAAUGGAAUAGUCUAUGCUCACAAUGACAUGUGGAACCCUGAGCCGUGUCGGAUCUGUGUGUGCGAUAAGGGGACUGCUGUGUGUGAAAAUGUGGUUUGUGAGGACCUCGGCAACUGCAAGGACACUGUGACCCCAGAGGGCGAGUGUUGCCCUGUAUGCUUGAGUGCAGACACAACAUCACUUCCAAGUGCAGACCCCACAACCGCUGCAGAUGAGAAAAAAGGGGACAGCUGCACGGUCGAUGGGGAGGUUUACAAGCACAACGACAUCUGGAAACCAGAGCCUUGUCGCGUGUGUGUUUGUGACAACGGUGUCUCCAUCUGUGACGAGGUGCAGUGUGAGCUGCUGCCAAACUGCGAGAAGGUCGUCACACCUGAGGGGGAGUGCUGUCCUGUGUGCGACACCUUUGCCAGUGCCAGCAGGAUGAUAGAAAUUAUGGGAUUCAAGGGACAGAAAGGUGAACCAGGUGAUAUCCCUUAUGUGGUGGGGCUCCCUGGACCUUCAGGACCCCAGGGUCCUCCAGGAGCUCAGGGACACACCGGACCAAGAGGCUUUAAAGGCAGACGGGGAUUCCCAGGGCCUCCAGGAUUUGAUGGGGAGCCCGGUGUGCCAGGAAAUCCAGGAGAGCCUGGAGCCCCAGGACAACCCUCACACCCUGGGGGCAACCUGGUGUCACAGAUGUCUGCAGGUUUUGGUGAGAAGUCUAGUAUGGCUGGGAUGGUAUCAGGAUCAAGGGGUGAGGCAGGACCACGAGGACCUCCAGGACAGCCUGGGCCACAGGGCCCAAGUGGUGGUCAGGGAAUUCCAGGAGAGGCUGGAGAAACAGGACAAAUGGGUGAGCCGGGUCACCGCGGACCAGACGGGCCACCAGGAAAAGCUGGACCUGAUGGAGAACCUGGACCUGCAGGCGCUCCAGGAGAGCCAGGAUUUCCAGGAUCUGUGGGUGCAAGAGGAUUCCCAGGACUUCCAGGUCAUCCAGGACUGAAAGGUCACAAGGGAAUGUCUGGUCUUGUUGGGCCAAGAGGUGAGACUGGAGCGGUUGGAACCAAGGGUAAAUCUGGUACUCCGGGUGGAAUGGGUGCUCCAGGCCCACAGGGACCAGCGGGCAUGCAGGGAGAAAGAGGCAGAGCCGGACCAACUGGUCCUGUGGGAAAACGGGGUGCAGCUGGCCAUGUUGGCAAACCAGGUCCUCUGGGUCCAAUGGGAAUCCUUGGAGUGGCAGGUUUUCCCGGUAACCCAGGAAUGAAGGGUGAAGCAGGACCGACAGGUGUCAGAGGAAGUCCAGGACAACAGGGACCCAGAGGGGACGCCGGUCACGUAGGACCAGCUGGACCAACAGGAAAGCAGGGUGCUGAAGGACCUGAUGGAAUUCCAGGUGCUCGCGGCCAAGCUGGUAUUGCAGGUGUCCAGGGUCCAUCAGGGCUGUUGGGUCCAUCUGGUCCCCCUGGCCCUCAGGGAACUACAGGAGCACCAGGACCAAAGGGCCAACUGGGUGAAGUUGGAGUGCCUGGAUUCAAAGGAGAAGCUGGAGCCAAGGGAGAAAGAGGAGACCAUGGUAUUCCAGGUCCACUGGGCCCAAUGGGAGAGGACGGAAAGCGUGGACCCAGAGGUGAUGGUGGAUCUAUCGGGCCACCAGGACCUCCAGGAGAGACAGGAGCCCCCGGAAAUAGAGGUUUCCCAGGUGCAGAUGGUUUGCCAGGCCCUAAGGGAGCCCAGGGUGAACGAGGACUGCCAGGGUUACCUGGUGCCAAAGGUUUAGAUGGAGAUAUAGGACGUAAUGGAGAGUCAGGUUUAACAGGAGCUCGGGGUCUGACAGGACUUAUUGGUGCCCAGGGAUCAGAGGGAAAGCAAGGACCACAAGGCUCAGCAGGAGAUGAUGGUAAACCAGGCCCAUCUGGUUCUACUGGAAACCGAGGUGCAGGUGGACCGAUGGGUCUGCCAGGACCAAAAGGCUUUGCUGGUGAUGCUGGAAAGAUUGGAGAGGCUGGCAGCUCCGGGCCUCCAGGUCAAAGGGGUGUGCAUGGAAAAGACGGAGAGGAGGGCGCUGCUGGUCCAGCCGGCCCCGCUGGUCCUGCAGGAAAGAGAGGAGAGCAGGGACCACAGGGACUGCAUGGUUUCCAGGGUUUGCCCGGAACUCCAGGACCACCUGGAGAGCCAGGAAAACCAGGUGAUGAGGGUCUUGCUGGAGAGGCUGGGGCUGGUGGAGCUACAGGUCCAAGAGGAGAAAGAGGGCCUCCAGGAGAGAGAGGUGAAAUCGGGCCCAAUGGGCUGCAGGGACCUAAAGGUAGUCCAGGUGGACCAGGACCAGAUGGGCCAAAGGGUAGCAUUGGUCCAACGGGUUCUCUUGGAGAGCCAGGAGGUCCAGGACUUCAGGGAAUGCCAGGAGAGAGAGGUACACCAGGACCUUCAGGCCCGAAGGGAGAUGCAGGUGCAGUUGGAGAACCUGGGAACGAGGGCAAAGCUGGAGCUGACGGUGCACGGGGGCUUCCUGGUCCUGUUGGACCUACUGGUUCCAGUGGACCUAAUGGAGAGAAGGGUGAACCCGGCCCACCAGGACCUACAGGACGCAGAGGCACUAGAGGAACUCCUGGUUCAACAGGUGAGCAUGGUCCAACUGGUGCUGUCGGCUUCCCUGGACCUGCUGGUCCCGAUGGUCAGCCUGGAGUCAAAGGUGAAGUGGGUGAGACAGGUCUGAAGGGAGAGGGAGGAGCACCUGGACCACAGGGGAUGGCUGGGAAACCAGGAGGACAGGGACCUGUUGGUGUGACUGGACUGAAAGGUGGCAGAGGAACACAGGGCGCAACGGGUGCUCCUGGUUUCCCUGGGUUGCCAGGAGGAGUUGGACCAACUGGAGCUCUUGGUGCUGUUGGAGCAGACGGGCCAAUAGGUCUUCCAGGAAAGCCAGGAACUCCUGGUAUUGUUGGAGAGAAUGGAGCUCCAGGACGUCAAGGAGAGAGAGGACAUGCAGGUGCACCGGGUACCCCUGGAGAGAAGGGAGACUCUGGAGAGGAUGGUCCUCCGGGGCCUGAUGGGCCUCCAGGACCUGCUGGCACAGCAGGACAGCGAGGAAUCGUGGGUACGCCUGGAUCGAGAGGAGAGGCCGGCAUGCUAGGACUGCCAGGUCCUGCUGGUCCACCUGGAAAAGCUGGAGCUCCUGGAGUUCAGGGCGGCAAAGGGCCUGCUGGAGGAGUUGGAUUACCAGGAGCCACCGGGCCAAGAGGUGAUGCCGGCCCUGAGGGUAUUGCUGGAGCAGAGGGACCUCCUGGGACAGACGGCCUUGUUGGAGAAAGGGGAGACAAGGGUAAUACUGGUCCUGAGGGUCUGGCUGGAACUCCAGGGUCUCCAGGAACUGAGGGUCCUGUGGGACUGACGGGUGGUCCUGGACCAACAGGCGAAAACGGUGCCAGAGGCGUCCCUGGACCCCAAGGAGCACCUGGAGUACGGGGGAAAGUGGGCCCUCAAGGACCACAAGGAGAUAAAGGAGCACCUGGAGAACAAGGAGAAAGGGGCCAGAAGGGACACAGAGGUUUCACCGGGCUCCACGGUCUGCCAGGAAUAACUGGUGCUACAGGUGAGCCAGGAGCGACAGGUAUUGUUGGACCAGCUGGGCCAAGGGGUCCUCCAGGAGUGGUGGGUCCCCCAGGAAAGGAAGGAAACAUUGGUCAGCCCGGACCAAUGGGUGCUCCUGGAAGUAGAGGUGCCAUGGGUGACAUCGGGGCCCAGGGUCCACCUGGUGACGAUGGCCCACCCGGCCCUCCAGGCCCCCCAGGACCUCCCACCGCAGCUGUGGAAGACCUCUUUGCUGCCCCUUAUGAUUACGAUAAGGGUUUUGUGCCAGAAGCUGUGGAAUUUGUUGAGGACGAUGUAGCUGCUGAUCCUCCACCGCUUCCCGAGAUCAACAAAGAUGAAGCCCUUCCCAACAAAAACUCAGCUGUCCUCCGUGCAGACACCGGCGUCCAUGCCACACUGAAGACCCUCAGCGGACAUCUGCAAAACCUCCGCAGUCCUGAUGGUAGCCAGAUGAACCCUGCCAAAUCCUGCCAGAACAUCAAGGAGUGCUACCCUCACAAAAAGAGUGGUGAGUACUGGAUUGAUCCAAAUCAAGGAAGCACAAAGGAUGCCAUCAAGGUCUUCUGUAAUAUGGAAACUGGUGAAACCUGCAUCAAUGCCAAUCCAGCCACCAUUCCUCGCAAAGCCUGGUGGACAAAAUCCAGUCCCAGUGCUGACAAACUCAUCUGGUUUGGAGCAGACAUGAGCAGUGGAACUAAAUUCCGCUACGGAAAUGCAGAUGAGCAGCCCAACGCGGUGGCGGUUCAGCUGAAGCUGCUGCAGCUUUUGUCCAAAGAGGCACACCAGAACAUCACCUACCACUGCAAGAACAGUGUGGCUUAUAAAAAUGAGAAGAGCACCAACCUGAAGAAAGCGCUGGUCCUCAAAGGCUUCAAUGGCCAGGAGCUGAGAGCACUAGGCGUUAACCGCCUCCGAUACACUGUCAUCGAUGAUGGCUGCUCGAAGUCAAACGGAGAGUGGGGCAAGACAGUGCUUGAGUACAGGACUCAAACUUCUGCCAGGCUGCCCGUCGUGGACGUGGCCCCCAUGGACAUUGGAAAGCCUGAUCAGGAGUUCGGCCUGGACAUCGGCCCUGUGUGCUUUUCAUAAAACAACACAAGAUGGACAGAAAUCGCCCUUUUUUUUAGAGGAGUAACAUCAUCACCAGAAAUUAUAGUAAUAAAUGGACUCCUCUUUCUGUGAGCAUCGAUGAGUUCUUCUACACAUGGCUGCAUUUCCCGUAACCUGUUGAAGUACAGUGUACUUGCUGUGUGACCAGUAGGACGCUGAUGUAAUUGAUUCACCUUGUCAAUAAAUAUACAAUCUGGAGCACCAGUACUCUACAGGGAAAUGCAUGUGAGUGGAAAAUAAAGUCUGAGGUGCUAACAUGAAAUUUAUGUAUAAAAACAAAGAGUUUAGAUGGAUUGUAAACUUGCAUAAACUGGAAAAACAGCCAAUAAUAUUAAAGUUUAAAGAGAACUGAGAGCAGAUUGCAUAAGAACUAAAGCAAAUAAAAGCAUUUUCAUUUGGCUUUUUUCCAGUAAAUGCACAUCCAGAGGCCAAGAUAGGGCAAGAGUUAAUAUAGCAAUGACUGUAGUUCUUAAUUUUAAUAAAAUAAACAAUGAAAAUCAUGCUUGAACCUAAAUUAUUAAGUUCUGUGCAGGAACUCAUUUAAUCAUUCAACAGAAAAACCGUUGUAUCUCCUUUAAAACUUAAACUGUAAAUGCAACAUAUGGCUGUAAAUUGCAAAUUAUUUGUUUGUUUGUUGACUAUUGAUGUGGAAUAAAUGUCUUUCUUUGGAAUGGCUGUGCUUCUCCCACAAACCAAAGGCAGAAGAGUUGAAUAAACACAUGAAAAUGAGUUUAAAGGGGACCUAUAAUGCCUUUUUCGUAUUUUGUGUCUUUAUAGUGUUGCAGUGAAGGAUGUUCAUAUUAGAGGUACAUAUACAUGUAGAAGUAAUCCCUGUGAGCAGAAAGUGAGGGGUUCAGACUGUUCUGAAAACUUGUUGAAUGAAAUCCCUCUGAUUGGCAAUUCACCUCAGCACACAAGAAGACGACUGGAGUCAAGAGUGGGUGAGACCAAAAAAAAAAAAAAACCUGUUCCAUGAGGUACAAGUGUUAUUCUUUAGCCACUGAGCUCUUCAGCAGAAAUAUUUCAUGAUGAUUUGUGUUAUCGUUCACUGGUGCACAGUAAAUUUGCUCUGUUCUUUC